UACAAAAACAUUAUAAUACUCAAUGUAAAAUAAGCUAUAAGGAUUUAGUCACAGCUACUUUAGUUCAGGCAUCCUUAGUACUUACAUAGCAAAGUAGAUUAGGACUAUAGUCAACUAUUAUUUACCUAUAAAUGAACGUAGCGCGACAUUGAUGCCCAAAUAAAGCACAUAUUGACCUCUGUAUUUCGGCAUUGAGGUCAAGACUGCUCUGCAUCCGUCCUCAAUAGUUAUAUUUGAAUUGUAUCUGAUAUAUUAUUAUUAUUAUAUGUAUGUAUACAAUAUUAGGCUCUUUACACUAACACAAAAAAUCAUAAAAAGUUUACGUUAGUAAAGUUGGAUGUCGUAGAAGAGUUAAGUAUGCUGUAGAUUUCAGGUUAUUCUUUUAUUCAAGUCAUAUAAUAGGUACGGUCAGGUGCAGAAAAACCUGACCCCCUUCUCAUAGUAACAAUGUUUCUGAGGGGGGUCAGGUUUCUCUGCCCCUUACUGUACCCAUCAUUAGUAUCAUGCAAGUCAAUAGAAAGGAGCUGAUCAUUUUCAACCAACAUAACUAAGGACCAGCAAUAAAAUUUUCAUUAAGUAGAUUUAAAUUUGUAGACCUGCAUACAAUAAUACAAUAGGGAAGAAUAUGUUAUUUGGUUUGCUUAUAUCGAUCAGAGAUUUUAUUGGUGGAUGAUACAUACCUACUGAUGAUAGUUUUUUUUCUAAACAUUGCAAUGGGUCAUUAAACUUACACCUAGGUAUAGUUAAUUAAAUCUUCUACUGGCUUCAAUCUGGUAUGACACGCCACCGCGUGUCUAAUUUAUAGCCCCGAUGAGCUCAUUGACAAUAGGUACAAAUGUAGUACAUAAGCACUUAUACUGCACUCAACGUACUAUACAUACACUCGUACAACUCUAUGCAAGUACUAAGCCUACCACACUAGCCAUUGUUAUGAUCUCUGAAAAUAGAUCGUCCUCGAAUCUGUCAAAGCUAUAGGUACCUAAGUCGAGUCACUGUAAAAACAAUCAGUAAGUAAGUAUAGAGUUUGCAAUAAGCUGCAUGGGAAACUAAGUUUUAAUGAUCAGGUUACAUUCCUUGAACCACAACAGUAGAGUUGUAUCACGCACCAUGUGAAGGCGGCUAAAGAAACUGCAGCGUAAUGCUGUUAGAAAAACACAAAUGCCGCUUCAUUCAGUAGCAAUCUGCUCCGAGUAUCAGUUGCAUAUUUUUAAGAACGCACAGAAAUAAAAGUUUCGUUUCAAUCAGCUGGAUGACUUCACUAAUAAGAGUCUCAAGUAAUAUUAAUUGAGCGCGGGCCGCGGGCGCGCCGGCAGCCGCCGCGGGCGCUUCGGUCCACGAUCACGUCUCCCGCGCCUCGCCUUAUCUGUGCCGUUUACUAUGAGUGCAAUGUGCGUUGGACUCAUCUGCGCCAUCAUACUGGCCGUGUUUGUCGUAAUCUGGAUCACCUACUGCAUGUUCUGUCGCGAGAGACACAAGUCUGAGCUGUACCAGUACAAUAUAAGCGACUUACUGCACAAAAACCAGAUUGAGGCCCAAAAUUUAGAGGAGAAGAAAGAGAGUGGGUUGGCCGCCGGCAUUUUUAUUUUGCCUUCAAGACACAAGCAGGCGGACGACGAGUAUGAGAAGCGACCGGAUUAUCCGGAGAGUCCGGUGUCGGCGCUGCGGCCUGGACCUGACGACCUCGUAAAGAUACUGGAUGACUCCGACAAACCGGACUGUGACGCCCGGAACUACGUCACGCUGGACAACAUCGGCUCCAACUCGCAGUAUCACAGCGAAGUUUGAGCUUCAUCGGCUAUGGUACAAGUUGCACACUCACUAAAUCGUAAUCAGAUUAUAAACGAUAAUUUAUUGUAUUCACGCAAAUAAAAGAUGUUCUUUAUAUUUAUAUAAUA